GUAAGAGUUCACUUUAAUCUGUAGUUCGCCCGGGUUGUAGCGCAAACCGUUGUACUGCCGAUACAUCAGAUUCGUUAGCACAUGUUAAUACAGAGUAUCAGGGAUUGGUUAUGUUGGUAUGAAAGAGAAUGCUGUAGAGGGAAUUCAUUGUGUUGCGUUUUCCAUGGAUUAUCAAUGUGCCUAUGUGCUGCAUAGUUUAGUAAAUAGUGUUAACUGCUGUUUGUAGUAAUGUGCACGUUUCAAUCUAUGGAAGGAUAUGGGAAAUGUAAUUGACUCUCUAAGGCCUUAUGUGUAUGUGUAAUUGCCAUCGACAAAAGCAUCCCAAAACCACAGAACAUUGUCAUGGUGGAUUAGGAGAGCACUCAUGGACUCAAAGGGAACUAGUUGGCUGAAAAAAGAGAAGAAUGAAGUAUAUGCUGAACCAGGCUCCUUGGUUCAGUUACACACAUCUACCACGAAAGUAAAAGAAGAAUUGGAUGAGCAAGUGAACAAACAGUUUCUUAAAGAUCCACCAAGGAUUGUAAUGCCUAGUCUUCGUAUAAAGCAAGACCUUGAACUGAAACGGGAUUUAGAUGGCGUUGAGCAUGAUGUAAGUUUUCACAUCGGUGAUGCAUUGUGCAUGAAGUACUGUAUGAAUAUCAUGAAAUGCAUUGGGUGCAGUACAUUCCAGUGAUCAUAAAUGAUGAAUCAUUAAAACCUAGGAUAUUACCACUUCUCCAGAAUUUUUAUAGUAUUUCAAUUGACUGUAGGUAUAUUGUUCUGUUGUAUGUAAUGGUAUUUGAAUGAAACUUGUAGGAAACAUAAGUUUAUUAAC